AUGACCGCCACCCCUACGUCUCCUGCGCCCGAGGCCAUCACCGAGUCUGCAUUUUCCAUGGAGGCAGAUGCGGAACCACACUAUCUGGGUCCUCGAGCCCUCGUCGCCCUGAUGUCCUCUCUUUUCCUUGUCGUGAUCAUGUAUACCCUCGACAGCUCCAUCAUCGCGACCGCAAUUCCCAAGAUUACGGACCAGUUCCAUACGAUCGCCGACAUAGGCUGGUACGCUGCAGCAUAUCAGUUGACCAGUGCCUCGCUACAACCGCUCACUGGCAAGGCUUACACCUAUUUCUCCCUCAAAUACACGUUUCUCUUCUUUGUCGCCCUCUUCGAAGUGGGAUCGUUGAUCUGUGCCUUGGCGCAGUCAAGCACAAUGUUUGUGGUGGGUCGGGCAAUAGCAGGGAUGGGGGCUUCAGGGCUUCUGAAUGGUGCUUUGACGAUUCUUGCAGUGGCGGCUCCCCCGUCGCAACGGCCAAUGCUGAUGGGACUUAUAAUGUCCAUGGCAGGAAUCGGCCAGCUGGCUGGCCCCCUCAUUGGUGGUGCCUUGACUGAACAUGCUUCAUGGCGCUGGUGCUUCUGGAUCAAUCUUCCCAUCGGCGGCGUGACCCUGGCAAUCAUGCUGUUUGUCACGUUCCCGCCAUACAGAGCUCGCAAGGCAAAGUGGACAUUCAGGGAUGUCAUGCACGAUUUCGACAUCACCGGGUUCGCCAUUUUCGCACCCUCAUGCGUCAUGCUUCUCUUGGCCUUGGAAUGGGGCGGCACUACCUACUCUUGGUCAUCUGCCACAAUCAUCGGAUUGUUUUGUGGCAGCGGGGCUGCCUUUGCUGUCUUCUUCGUCUUGGAGUACUUCCACGGCGAGGCCGCCAUGAUUCCAAUGUCGCUUCUGCGCAUACGCGUGGUCUAUUCCAGUAUGGUGACUACAGGCCUACAGUUUGGUGGUAUGCUCAUAUUCUCCUACUAUCUUCCUCUGUGGUUCCAAACCAUCAAAUCAGCCUCCCCGACCAUGAGCGGUGUUUAUAUGCUCCCCACUUUCGGGACACAGGUCUUUGGUGCUAUCCUCGCAGGCACAGGUGUGUCUCGUCUCGGUUAUCCAAUGCCAUUCUCCGUGGUCGGGUCCGCCCUGACGGCCAUCUCUGGAGGUUUGAUGAGCACCUUCACCGUUCAUACAGGCACCGGCAAGUGGGUCGGGUAUCAGAUUCUCCAUGGUCUGGGACGGGGAAUUUCUUUCCAGCAGCCUAUCCAAGCAGUUCAGGCGGUCGUCAAGCCCGACAUGGUGGCCACGGCCACCGCAGCGGCUGCGUGGGCGCAAACCUUUGGAGCAGCCAUUCUCAUAGGAUUGGCACAGACGACUUUUAUCAAUCUUCUACGCCCUGCGCUGAAAAAGUAUGCUCCUGGUGUUGACGCCGACAAGAUCGUUGCGGCUGGUGCGACGGAUAUUUCAGCUGCUCUAUCUGCAUCAGACGACGCUCAAACGCUGGCGGGUGUGCUGAAAGCGUACAACCAGGCCAUUACCCAAACCUUCUACCUAGCUACGGGAUGUGCGGCUGCUAGCGUUGGAACAAGUCUGGGGAUGGGAAUGACUCGACUUGAACGCAAGCAGAAGGACCAAAACAAGGAUGAGGAACAAGGCAAACACGAGCACAACGGAGAGAGUGUUGGCACUACACAAACAGACUCAGCUUCUGUGGACGAGACCGAAGCCGAAGCCGCCAUGGAAAAUUCGGGUCCACGUCCUGUAAGCAUGGCCGAGGACAGACAUGACUGA